GAGAGGGAGGGGAGGGGCAGAGAGAGAGGGAGACACAGAAUCCGAAGCAGGCUCCAGGCUCUGAGCUGUCAGCACAGAGCCAGACGUGGGGCUCAAUCUCAGGAACCAUGAGAUCACGGCCUGAGCCGAAGUCAGAUGCUUAACCGACUGAGCCACCCAGGCACCCCUAACUGCUCAUUUCUAAAAGAGUAAUGCAGAAUAUUGGAUUUGGAGUUUGAAUGUGGUUUUAACAUUUUCGGCUGCAUGAUACCGGGCAAUGUAAUAGAUGCUGUCAGCAUCCUUCCCAUGUUCCGUUGGCCUCAACUAGUGACUGACGAGAGAAGGUGAUAAAUACCCCAGUUCCCUCACAUCUCUGCUGGGGUGACUUAGGGGCACGUGCUGUGCCGUCAGAGUUGCCUAGUAACUGGCUCCCUUCACCGGCUUCUGUCCCUUCCCUGUCUCACUUUCCCAGCCCUCUUCCACUUGCACUCAGAUUCUUAUUUGAGGGUCAACUUCCAGGGGAAACCAACCCAGGAUAGGAUUUAGUUCGCAGUCAUUUACCGGUAAAUGUAAACAGUAAUUUAAAGUCUCUGAGCCUCAGUUUCCCUAACUGUAAGAUGGAAACUGUAACUGUCUCACAGUGAUAUUGUGAUGUGCAUUCAGACAGGAGCCUGGCACAGAGCAGGCAUUCAGGCAGACAUUUGCUGCUCAUUGAUUAAUAUAGAAGGGGCUGUGGUGGAUUUGGGAGCGGGUAUUAUGAUGGCCCAUGAAUGGCCAAUGCUUUGGAAAUAAGCUAUCCUUAGGCGAGGAGAGGAAACUGAGCUCAUCUGCUCAUGGCUUUCACACCUAAGCUGUGACCAGUGAUACAUUUUGAACAACUGACUCUCUAGAGGUUGGGGGGAAGCCCUGCUUUGUAGUAUUUGUUGAUUUCUAUAGUGUGAGUAUUCCCACUGCGGCUGAUUUCAAGUUACCAACAUGGCGCCGUGAACACUAAGUCGGGAAGAGAUGUACAUAGUCAGCCCUUGAGAGCCAGUAGGAGCAGCUCCAGUUCGUAGCUGACCAUGACCGAGCUGGGAUGUGGCCUCAGUGAUUUUAAUUUUCAAUUUUGUAUACCAAGUAAGGAGAGUAAGAAUUGUAUGAGGCGUCCACAAUUCGGGGUAUGUUCAAGCUCUGCCCUUGAACAGCCGGCUGAAUCACUCUGUGUGAGAUGCUUCUGGGGUUUACUCAAAGACUAUUGAAAUGUUUAUGCUAUUGUCUUUUGGGGCCUCAGUUUCCCCAUCUCCGGGGUAAAGAAUUAGAUGCUUCCACUAGAUCCUUCUGCCCCUGGGUCUCUUUAGGAAGAGUCCACUGCAUUCUUCUUGCGUCCACUCAAAAACAAAACCUUUCACAAAGGAGAAUCUUUCAUGUGUCCAUACUUCUACUGCGCACCACAGGGCACUCAGCACUGGGCCCCAUUAGAGCCUUUUGCUGUGGUCUUCCCUGCUGGCAAAAGGGAAUUCAGUAGAGAUUAGCCCAGCCACGUUCCGCCUUCCUUGUGUACCGGUUUCUCUUCAUGACACAGGCAUGGCGUGUCCCCUGAGGAGGCCUGGGUGGUGGGGAGAGAGGAGCUGGUGUCUUUUGGAAGACUGUCCCCGCUUUCCUGAACCACAGUGCAAUGUCACAGACCUCUAAGUGAAAGCCAAGAGAAGUCCACAUGGAGAAGGAGACUUUCGUAUGACAGAAUCCAGCAUCCCUGGUGUGGUUUUACUCCUAAGUCUCGGUUGACAGUCCUCUUGAGGGAGUCCCUGACUCAGCAAUGCCACUGGUAGGAAGUCUUAUCCUAAGGGUAUAAUUGGACAGGUGCAGGAAAAUAUGUGCACAGGGAUGUCCCUUGCACCAUUAUUUGUAAUAAUAACAACCACCAAAAUGGAGACUAAAUCCCAACAAAAGGAAGCUUGUUCUUAUGGUACAGGUAUCCCUCGCUUUUUGAAAGUUCUUUGCCUUUAUGCUGCUUGGCUUUUAUGAAAGAUCUACCUUUGUACCUGUUUUUUUCUAACAGAAAGAAAUCUGAAGGGGAUUUUCACUUUUAUGAAAAUAGGCGAAAAACAAAAAUAGCGUUCAGUGUUUGUUUUGCAGCAAACUAAUGUAGAGGCUACGUACAACCUGAGCCCUGAGAGUGGUCCCGCCAGGCUCCUUCCCUGGGCCCAACACUUAGCAUGUCGGCAUCGAGCCUCAGAGCUUUGAACUGGGUUUGUGAGCACCUGUGCUUGUUUCAAUUUAUUUUGCGUAUCCGUUAGCAAGAUGUGGCCUGAGGUGUCGGAAAAGCCUAAGAGAGGUUCUUUUUGGGGUCUAGGAGUGUUAAAAAUUUUUUCCAUACAAAUUCAUGGGAAUUGUUUCUUUGCUUUAUAUGACUUCGGCUCACAAAAGUUUCACAGGAACGCUCGACUUCUGGAUGGAAGGGAAGACCCGCAUAUCUAUACGCUGGAAUACUGUGUGGCCACAGAAAAUACAGGGUACAGAUGUGCAUCUAUUCCUGUGGAAAAAUAUAUUUCUAAAAAGCAGGUUACUGAACUGCACUAUUUGUAAAAUGUAUCAUACCCUCUAUUUUAUAUUUGUCUCUGGAAGGAUGUACGGCAAAAUGUUCAUAGUGAUUGUUUCUGGUGAAAUUUGGGGAGAUACUGACCUUCGUCUUUUAAAAAAAAUAUUUAUUUAUUUUGAGAGCGAGGGAAAGCGUGAGUGCGGAAGGGGCAGAGAGAGAGGGAGAGAGACAGAAUCCCAAGCAUCGACGUGGGGCUCGAUCUCAUGACUGCGAGAUCAUGACCUGAGCCGAUACCAAGAGUCAGACGCUUAACCGGCUGAGCCACCCACACGCCCCUGAUCUUAGUCUUUUUUUAAGUUAAAUAUUUAUAUUUUUUAUUUUUAAUUAUGGUAAAAUAUACAUAAUAUAAAAUCUAUCCCUUUUAUCCCUUGUAAGUGUACAGUUCAGGGGCUGUCUAGUCCAUUGGGUUCACUGUAACGUGAUAUCACCGACUGAGUGACCUAAAAACUACAGAAAUGUGUUUCUCAUGAUUCUGGAGGCUGGAAGUCCAAGGUCAGGGUGUCACCAUGGGCGGCUGAGAGCCUUUUCCAGGUCUCUGACUUUGCAUUAUACCUUCACAUGGCAGAAAGGAUGGGGGGGCUCCAUGAGAUCUCUUUUAUGGGGGUGCCAAUCCCAUUCAUGAGGGUGGAGUCACCCCUAUGAAUCAUACCCAAAGGCCCCAUUUCCUCAUCCCAUCACGUGUUUUUUUUUUUAAGUUUUUUAAAAAAUGUCUAUUUAUUUUUGAGAGAGACAGAGACAGAGCAUGAGUGGGGGAGGGGCAGAGAGAGAGAGGGAGAUACAGACUUUGAAGCAGGUUCCAGGCUUUGAGCUGUCAGCACAGAGUCCAACGCGGGGCUCAAACUCACGGGCCGGACGGUGCAAUCAUGACCUGAGCUGGAGUCGGACGUUUAACCGACUGAGCCACCCAGGCGCCCCAUAUACCAUCACAUUUUGGGUUAGGAUUUCAACAUAUGAAUGUGGAGGGACACAAACAUUCAGACAACAGCAGUGACAUUAAGUGCAUUCCCACUGUUAUCCAACCAUCACCAGUAUCCAUUUCCAGGACUUUUCCAUCAUCCCACACAAAGACUCUACCCAUUGAACAUUAGCUUCCCACUCCUUACCCUCAAGCCUCCCACAGCCCCUAUUCCACUUACAGUCUUGGGGUUCACUGUGCCUUGAACGUAAGAGCUGUCCUGUAGUGAGUGAGGUCCAAACCAGGUAGAGGUGAGUUGUUGAGGCCAUCUUCCUUGAAGAUUGAGAAUGAGAUCCUCCACAUUUCAGUUUCAAGCAUCCUUUGUGUGUUCCGGGCUCUGAGGCUCAACUUGACCCGCUCAAUGCCCACCAUGGUGGCUGUGGUUAUGGCUGCUGAAUGUUCUGUCAUAGGCAGGGUGACCUGCCUGGCAUGCAGGGAGGACUUUAGUUGGUGGGGGUCCAUGAGGCCCCAAGUGCUCUGGAGACAUGGGUGGUAGCCUUAGAUAGUCGAUGCCCUCUUCCUAAAGCUCCAUACGGGAUCUUACAGCUGGUCAUACAGACAUUUGGGAUAAGGAUUACUUUCUUAUGCCUGUGACAAGAUAAUCAGGCACAUGGUAUAGUGGGGUGGGGAACAGGGAGAUGGUGUGUAUGCUUCAGCUUCAGGUUGAGUCUGAGGUAAGAGGGGGUCGGGAAGCUUCAGGACCCAGAAUUGGGAAACCAGGUCACGUGUUCAGGCGUCACGGGAGUGGAUCACCUGGCUUUUCUCUGGAACACCUUGUUCUGUGGGAAAAGCUUGAACUUUCUUGGUAAGUGAGCUCCCGGAAGGGCCUGUCAGGCUCUCCAGGGGGUCAGCCAUAGGAUGUAGGUCUGGGAAGGACAGACUUGCCCACUGGACUCUGGAAGUUUCUUUACCUGGCCCUGUCUGUUUCCUCUCUGCCCCGUGGGAGGCUGCUCUUUUAAUCCUAGACAGUCGGGGAAGUGUAAAGAUUUUACAGAGAUGGCCUUUGAAGCCCAUGUUGAGGAGAAGUCCUGUUUUUCACGCUGUUGAUUUUUCUUUAGGGUCAUUUGGCUGGUUGUAGGGCAGGCAGAAGAGGGUGUGAAUGUGGUUUUGUGGAAAACUUCCCCUCAGCCUCCUGGAAAUGUUCUGGAAACCCCCAGAUGAGCCAUCUCUCCUGGUAGUAGGACGGGUCUGAGAUCUGCUGCGUGAGAGUGAAUUUUUCCACACGCACAGGGGGUUAAGGGGGUUAAAGGAAGGUGGAUGUAAGAUGCCCCACCAUGGCUGCCCCCAGAGAGGGCCCAGCACACAUUGGAUUCUUCCUUUGCUUUCUGUUCCUUACUGCUUCUGAAGUGCAAGGAACCUGCCCAACUUGGGGGGUGGGUGGGGUGAAGGAGGCCCACCCUCCUGGCUCUUGGGUUUCCAAUCCUGGCCCUGGGUAGCCAGGAGCAGAAACCCCAAGAUCUCUGCACACAAAACUCAGAAUCUUAGCCUAGAGCACCAAAAAAGGAAAAACUGCUGGGGUUCCCUGAGGAAGGGGAAGUGAGGUCAGAGAUGGGUCUCAGAGAAAUCACUCAGUAAACAGGAAGAGUGGCCAGAAAGAAACCUGUGCUUGUCAGAAACAGGGAACCGAAGGCAGCCCCUCCUCACCUGCCCAGAUCGGUCAGCACGUCCCCGCAGAGCCCAGAUGCUAACCACAGAUAGCGAGUGGGGGCCCCAAGGGCAAGGACUCAUCCAGACCUUGGGCCCUCCCUGUGGGUUGGGGCUCCACUUAAACCCCAUCAUUAUUGGGCUGGAGGAAAGCCUAAUUCACCCUUCCCGAGGUACAACAUUAAGCUACCCUAUAAAAUAGCUCUUGGUUCUGAGAGAUGCAGGUCAAGAAAUGCUGUCUUAUUUGCCUGGUUAGGGCCAGUGUUUCCUCCACCAACUUCCCGUUCUUUUCCUCAGGCCAAGUCAGCCAUAGAGAGUUUCCCAAGUUGUUGGAGUUUAGCCCCUGCAGGGGGUGAUCUUGGUGAGGCCCUUCUGGUUAAAGAUGACAAAGGUGCUGCUUUAGGGAGGUGGAUGUAACCAGGCCCUUCCUCGGCAGGUCUGUCAGAUUGGAGGGUUAGAUUUCUAAGUCUUUAGUUUCUCUGAGCCAGAGUCUAAAUUCUACACACACGCAUGCGUGCGUUUUUUUACUUCCUUAAUGCCUUUUUUUUCCGUCCUGCUCCAACACCCUGGUUCUCUGAUGGGAGCCUAAGGGCCUUUGGAUUUCCUCCUAAACAUCCAUCCAGAAGGUCAAAAGCUCGUGGACGCCGGUGGGACUUUCCUAUAAACAAGUAGUUGCUCAUCCGGGCCUGCGAGGUGAUUGUUUGGGUCUCCCCUUCUGAUGACAAGGGAAAGGAAGAAUGGAUUACAGUCACGAAACCUCCCUAGUCCCGUGUGGACAAGAUAAAUACAUCUCCAAGAACGAACUUCUCCUGCAUCUGAAGACCUACAAUUUGUACUAUGAAGGCCAGAAUUUGCAGCUGCGGCACCGUGAGGAGGAAGAUGAGUUCAUCGUGGAGGGGCUGCUGAACAUCUCCUGGGGGCUGCGCCGGCCCAUCCGCCUGCAGAUGCAAGAUGACAAUGAACGCAUUCGCCCCCCGCCAUCCUCUUCCUCCUGGCACUCUGGCUGUAACUUGGGGGCUCAGGGCACCAUCCUGAAGCCCCUCACCGUGCCCAACAUUCAGAUCUCAGAAGUGGAUGCCCCACCCGAGAGUGAACAGACAUCGAGUCCCACAGACUCCAGGGGCCUGAAGACCCUGCAGGAAGACACCCCACAGCUGAUGCGCACGCGCAGUGACGUUGGGGUGCGUCGCCGUGGCAAUGUGAGGACACCCAGUGACCAGAGGCGAAUCAGACGCCACCGAUUCUCCAUCAAUGGCCAUUUCUACAACCACAAGACGUCAGUGUUCACGCCGGCCUAUGGUUCUGUCACCAACGUCCGCAUCAACAGCACCAUGACCACCCCACAGGUCCUGAAGUUGCUGCUUAACAAAUUUAAGAUCGAGAAUUCUGCAGAAGAGUUUGCUUUGUAUGUGGUCCAUACCAGCGGUGAGAAACAGAAGCUCAAGAACACUGAUUACCCGCUGGUAGCUCGAAUCCUCCAGGGCCCGUGUGAGCAGGUCUCCAAAGUGUUUCUUAUGGAGAAGGACCAGGUGGAGGAAGUCACCUAUGAUGUGGCCCAGUACAUAAAGUUCGAGAUGCCUGUCCUUAAAAGCUUCAUUCAGAAGCUCCAAGAGGAAGAAGACCGGGAAGUCAAGAAGCUGAUACGCAAGUACACCGUGCUCCGGCUAAUGAUCCGGCAGAGGCUGGAAGAGAUGGCUGAGACCCCAGCAACAAUCUGAGCCACAAGAGGGAGGGGAUCCAGAUGCCACAGGGGCCGCCGCUGACAUGAGAAGACGCACAGGAAGCUGGGUACCUUCCUUCCGUGGAAACCUUUAGAUGCAGACCUCUCCAGCUCCCACCAAGCCACCAUUUGCUGCCCGGAGCAGGAUGGAGAAGCCAGCAGACAACUCCCCAUCCCUGGAACCCUGUGCUCCACUCCUUUCUUUCACUCACAAGGACUUUUGAUUUUGUUAUAAGGACCCAAAAUGUGUGUGUGGGCGUGUGUCCACACAUGAGCGCGUGCAUGCACUGUAAGUGUGUGUAUCCACGUGCCUACCUGACAUUCACAUGCCAUUGAAUUCCAAACAACCAGCACAAGUGCCACGGGGCUUGCAGGUAGGCUGGCCGAGACGGGGAAAAUCAGACGAGUCACCAAUCCGAGGGGUUUAAGUCGGAGGGAAGAUUUCUCUCCUCCAGUGCCAGGGAGCAAGCCACACAUGUUUAGAAGGGAGGGGACUCAGCCAGCGCACCAUUUGGGAUAUUUAUAUGUUAGUAGAGAUUCUCCCUGUACACGUAACAGGAUUGGGGAUUGGAACUUAACAAAAUAACAGCCCCACGCCCCUGGGGGAGGUGCGAUGGAAAGAGAAAGAUAAACCGUCCUUGGGGUAGCUGCAGUAGGCCCACACGUUUUUACACUGGAAACUUGGAUUGUUUUAAAUAACAAAGACAUAUGUGAUGAUCUGCGCGGAUUCUGCCUCUGUCCUCGCCUCCACGGCCACGUCUAGGAGACAGGAGAGGAGCCUGAUGCGCUAAGCAUGCCAGGCUGCCGGCCCCAACUCUUUGGUGCCUCCGUGAGUUCAAGGAAGGGUCUCACCGGUUUGUACGUGGCAGGCUGGCUAGUGUGGCCGGGGCCUGGCCUCGUUCUGGGGUGGUGGCCAGAGAGUUUCCCUCUUUAGGGAAGUGUAGAGGCUCCUUGCAGAAAUGACAGGCCUGUGAGCCCGGCCCGUUUCAUACCACCAGGGGAGAUUCCUGCACUUGAUACUGAAGCCAUGUGUUUGAAGUCAAGGCUUCAGUCUUUCCAACCACUGGAUUCUUGCAAGUGGCCCUCACCUCGUGUGUGGACAUGGUCUUCCCAAGAGUGAGGAGGCUGCUAUUGACCGAGGUGGGGCCCAGGUUGGGCUGCACAGGGAGGGUGGAGCUUCUCUUUCGGCCUCUCUGAGCAGCCACCUGGGUGUUUCUUUAGAGCAGACCCCAGUGCAGGGAAAGGGCAGGACAGUCUGUCCCCGUGGGGUCCCCAUCAGGAAGACUUCCGGGCAGCUGGGCAACAGUAUGGCUGACACAGUUUGAAGAGGGACAGAUAGAUGCAUGGGGGCAGGGUGCCUGGCUGGGAGAUCAACCAAGCAAGGCCAGGAGCUUCUGACAUCAGGGGUCUCAGCUUUGGUGGUGGAGAGACUCCCCAUCUCUUCACCUCCCCUCCAAGGAAGGUUUGGGGAGCUGGGCGGUUGGGGGAAGGAGUGCCAGUGGUCAGCACCUGCAAGGAAGGUGGAGGUUUGCAGCAGAGCGGUUCCUGCCCCCUGCUGUCCCCUGUGGCCUCCGUGGCCUCUGUAGGUGGCUCACAGCUGUGGUCUCAUUGUUGAUUUUCAAAAAGAUGGCACGCUGCCACCUGGCGUGUUGCCGGGGGUCUCUUAGCAAGGUGACCUCCUCCUUGGGGACAGCGCCACCAGCCCUGUGGGGUGUGGACUGGAAAUCCGGCGACCUUAGCCUCAAUCAGACAUCUCCGUGGGCCUCUGCUAAAUGCACAGAAAACCCCAGGGGCGGGAGAGGCUUCCUUUGUUACAUACAGAUGGGCGAGAGCGGGUUUGUGAAUGCAAACACACUUCCUGAGUCCUGCCUUUGAGAAAAUGACUUAAACUUCUCUUCCAGUUCUUUUUAUUUUGAAUGUUCACAGCCUUUGUCGGCCCCAGUAAUUCUCCUUGGUGCACGACGCAGAAAAACCCCCACAAAGCAAACUACUAACCACUAACUUUUGUUGGACAGCUAUUUCUGGUCCAUAAGAGUUCUCUUUGAUUUGUACUAGCACUACGAUAGUUUAAAUAUGGCCGUGUUGCAAAACGUCAGGUUUGCCGGAUCCCUUGCCGAGAAAGUGAUGCUAAGGUAGACCUGGCUUUUUAAAGAUGGGGGGCGGGAGGGAUUCAGGGUGCAAGUCAGGGGAAAUCGCAUAUUACAGGAUACAUUCCACGUAAUGUGCGCCGUACCUUGUGGCAUUUUGGCCCACCCUGUUUGGAGAUCAUUUCUUACUUCCUAACAACCCGAUCAGGAAUUUUGGAAAGGGCCUUUGAAAUAACAGCGGCUGAAACAGAGACACUUCACCGCAGUGUGGAGCCGGAUUUUCUCACUGGUAUCACAUGGCCUGGCGGCUUUGAAUUCCUGUACCGAUUUGUAGGGGGUUAUGUAAUUGUGUGCAAUGAACCUGAAAUCGUGUGAGGAACAAAAGGCCAAUUUAUAGGUUUUUCCCCCUAACUUGUGAAAAGCAGUAGAGCCACAUCUGGCUUUCUUUUUCUAGGGGUUUAUGUUACAAGGUGAUCAAAUGAAGGAAAAGCCUGAGUCCAUCUGGCUGGGGAGGGGGUCCGCUCCCCUAGGUGAUGGUGAGAUUAAGCACAAGGUCACGUUCUCGGUGAUCACAUGAGUGGACAGGUGAUGAGUUACAUGGGGGUGGGGGGAUACCUUGGGGAGAGACUGAGAAGCACAGAUAGCAGGCUUGGCUUGCCUGUAUGUGCUGGUGAGGAGUGUGCACCAGGCUGUUGGACUUGGAUUCUAAGCGAGGUUGAGGAGGGAGGAGCUCAGAUUAGCCACCCACCUUCGAGAAAAAUGCGGGGACUGGGGUUUUGGUCUGAGACUUCAAGGAGAAAUAUUUGCACCCUUCCCUCCUCCCUACGGAAAGAAAACAAUAAUCCUCUCUCCUGGAGAUCCCCAGAUGAAGACAUUUUAUCAUCACUGUAGCUUAGACUUUGAAAUAAAAUGACACACACGCAGAUCUGUUCUCAGAUGCAAAACUUCUUGGCACGAAUUCUUUUCUGCAGAGUUGGGUGGUUAUUUCAGAAUGUCAGAAGGAAGAGGAGCAACGGAUCCCAGAAGCGCAAGAAACUCUUCAGAGAGGCUCUGUUAAAAAAAAAUAAAAAAUGCAAAGCUCCUUAUUAACAUGGAGAAAUAUGGUGCCCUGGAUACAUCGCCAAGAGAGAAAUUUCUGUACGAACAAGGGAAUUUCAGGGCCUCGUGGCCAAACCGUGAUGUGGGGACCGAGACAGCAAGCAGAGCAAGUCUCCCGCGUCCCCCAUGCCGCAACCCACGUUUUUGAGUUGCUGCUCAAGUUGUACACAAAUUCCUGCCUGAGUCAGGAGAUGAGCAGUGGUCUCCGAGAGGGGGAGAGAGAAAAAUGAAUGUAGCGACCCGCCUUUCAGACGGGACUGAAAGCGGUGACCCCAUCGCGGGAGGUUACAGUGCCCCCUGCAUUUUACCCAAGCACAAGAUGUGGACAGGCGGUGAAGGGAGAGCCUCAGUUUACCCCUGGAGUCUUCCCAGCCGAUCGCAGACCUGCUUCCCCGGCCGAUGGUUUCUGGUGUGUUACUACUGUUAGCGUCCUUGAGGGUUUCCCCACUUGUUUUAGCUUUGUGACGUAUCCUUUUCUUAAUCAUAAUUUGCUCUCUGCAAUGGUACAUGACCAGGUUCACGGUUGGGUUCUGAACUUACAAACGGAUGCAUCUAGGGAUCGUGUUGUAAUUUGACAAGGCCUCAGUAGGGGCGACGCGUUUCUGUAACAUUUUGAUAUGUUUCCAUGCACCAACGUAGAUCUUGUUGAAAUAAAGCACUUUUCAAAGAGAA